AUGGCGUGUGAUGUUAUCCUGCUGUGUCCUGUCUCGCCCACGCCUACCGCGCCUCCACCCACGCCCAUGUCUACCGCACCUCCACCCACGCCCAUGUAUACCACGCCUCCACCCAUGCUCGUGUCUACCCCGCCUCCACCCACGCCCAUAUCUACCGCACCCCUAUCCACGCCUCCGCCUACCACGCCUCCACUUACACCCAUGCCUACCGCGCCUCCACCCACGCCUAUGCCCACCGCGCCCUGUAGCUGCGCCCACUUCCACUCUCAUGUAUCCUCUGACCCCCCCCAAUGCCUGUACCCAUUCCGCGCUUCUACUGAUCUCUCCCCACGCCCACAACCACGCCCCCACUCCCUCCCGCCAUCUGGACAAGGGCCCAUGGAUUACAGGGACCCAGGAGUACAGGGACCCCAUGAGGACAAGGACCCAUUAGGAUAG